UAUCCUCAGGGUCCAAGAAUCGCCGGCCUUAAAAUGAAUAACAACCGGUCUGGACACGCUGCCCCAUCUGGGUGUGGGCAACCACAUUGAUGCCGCUUAUGUCUUUCCUGGCAUCAUGCCAUCCACUCGCCUCAGGGUAUCUGCCAUAUUCGCUUCUUUCAGGCCAUCUACGGAUCUUCGGCCACCCUACCUAUCAGGGAAGCUCGUUUCCUCCUCCCGAGGCCUCAUAUAGCGCAGAGAAGAAGAUUUUUGAGCACCUCAUAACAAUCAUACCUUUCGCAGCGCCACAAACGACCUCACGCUAAAAACACCAACAUUGGAACAUUUUUUCCGCUUGGAAUUUCAUCUCCAAACUUGCACCACAUCUUUUUGACAUCCCAAAGAUCCAAUAUCUCCAGCUGCAACCUGCUGCAGCAUCUGGUUCAAGAGUUAUUCAAGGAGA